CUUUCUUAAACUCCCAGUGCUUACAGAACGAUACUGUUGACGGUUGUGUCGUUGACAUUAAGAAUGUUGGAGGCUAGAUUUUCUACAAGUAUUAGAGAAGCCUCAUCUAUUCUUCUGAAUAUAUUUGAAAUCGUCAACAAUUAAACAGAAAUAGGAAGUGACAUGGAGUGGAGAUUGUUACUAUUCUGGAUAGCUGUUCUACUUGUCAAUAAUUAUCAACAAGCUCUGGAGAUCAGAGAAUGUCCUUCAGGAAAAGAAGAUGUUGUCGAAGGACUGAACGCUACUUUCACAUGCGGUGUCUACGAUCGCUUCAUGACCUGGCUCCUGGUGUCUAGAGAUUAUGGAUUUAGGUAUCGCGCUAUAUGUUCUAUAGAUUUGUGUUACAGCUAUCUUCAUUUUUUUCAAGCUGCAGUAAAUGCAUCUGUGCCUGGAGGCUACCAGAGUACACUUUACAUCAACAAUGCUUCGAGAGAACAAGCAGGUGAUCUCCUUUGUAGCAACAGGACUUCGCCUGAUGGAGCUCUAUGCAAGUUACGAAUAGUAGUGCCAGCUGUGUACACUCCUGGAAGCUGUAAGAUCGGACUGUCCAGAUGGUGGGUACAAGGCAACUGUACUGUUGAAAGGAUGUAUGCUUCAGACAACAACUACACAUGCACAUGGCUUGUAGAUAAUAAUCAGACAUUCGGAGAGUUUGAAGAUGGGCUGGAGAACUACACUGCCAGUAACUUACUGGUGUACACACGAGGCAUUUGUUCGUUUGUGUCACCGAUGCCUGUCGUCCCAGGUGUUUACAAAUACAGCUCCACAAUAUCCCCGGGUCCUGAUGUAUACUAUGAGGACACAAUAAAUAUAGUUCAUCCCGAAGAACCAACACACACUUGUCCAGAGAAAGUGUUUGAAGGGUCGAACGUUACCUGCACGUGCAGCACGUCACGAGCCGGAAGUCCACCUGCACAGACUGUGUGGGAUGGACAUUCUAGCGACACAUUACAGCUCUACAAUGUAACAAGACGAUUACACGAGGAACGUUACACAUGUCGACUACUCUGGGGACCCAAUGGUUACAUCAAUCGAAGUGUAAUCUACAUACUGAAUGUGACGGACGAGGAAAGUCAUCAAGCGACGAGUAUAGGCGGAAUUAUCGGUGGUGUCAUGUCAGCUGUUGUUGUCAUUACAGGAACUGUUUGCAUCCUAGUAUUUAUCAUCCGACGUCGAAAGGAGGCAAUGUACGACUCAGCCAUAAGAUGUACCACUCACGAGCACAUCUAUCAGGACUUUACCCAAAGAGAAGGUUCAGUUUAUGAGUCAAUGGAGACGCCAAAUAGAAAUGAUCCACUCUACACCAAUGUGACGAACAAUAACGUUAAUGCUAAUGGUGGAAUUUACAUUGUGCCAAGCCCAUGGGCUCAAGAUCCUAGAGUUUACGAAAAUGUUCACAUUUAAAGCAGAUAAAAAGAAAAAGCACCAAUGCCAAGUGAUUUUUGUGAGACACUGUCAUGUGACCGACAAUACAUGUUGGUACAUUGUUCCUCUUCCUACGUGAAGCGAGUGUUGCUGCAGACGAUGAAGUUUGUCGUGGACAAGGACUAGUGGCCUCGGUUGUGAAUGUGGAUGUCACAGUGUGUAGUAGACAUGCUUGAUGCCAACGGACAGCCAGCGAUGUUGAAAUCCGUGCUGGUGACUGAAAUCCUCGCUAGAGCUUGUCGCGCACCUUUAGGACUUGAAUAUAUUACAACAGUCCCUAAUAGACCGUUAAUUUGGAGCAAUUUGAUUCUUGCAAAAAUGCUUUAUCGUUUUUUUGCUGGAUGUAAGGAUAAAAGAAAUUAUAAAGUAUACUGUAUACUAUGGACAGUAACGUGAUGCUAGUAACAGAAUGGAUUUGUGGUUACAAUUUUGCAGGAGAGACUGUAGUUUUGACCAGGAAGACUUCUAGGCUAGAGGGCAGUUGACCCACUGGGACGUAUGAUUUUUGCCCUUUUCUAGAAAACUAUAAACAAAAAUAAUUAAAAGAGGUAGAAGAAUAAUUCAAACUUAUAAUGAUAGAUCAAAAUGUGUAGAAAAGGAACAAUCUUACAUCAAACUUGCUUGAGAACUCACUUUUAUUGUAAUCUAUACAGAAUUGGGUAUAUGAAGUGAAGUUUUUAAAAAGUUUUUCAGGCACAUGUUUACACAGGUUAUGUCAUCUAACAAGAAGUUAGACUUUUAGGAACCAGAGUUUGAUGUUUAAAAACCAAGAAGAAAUGCACACACAUUAAGAAAAUUAUGUUACAUUGUUUUCCUUUUGUCACGCAGAGUGCAAAUGACUCUACAAGAAAAAAGUCUCAACCGUUAGAUAUCAUUGUAAACAUUGAGCCAGACUGCAUAAACAAGGGAAAAAACAUAAUAUUGAUACUAUCAUUCGUGGUCCCAAAACGAAACAUUUGGACGAUGUGUACGUUUGAAGAGUUCUAUUUUAUAGGUCAGUAAACAGUAGACAUGUAGGGAUAUGAUUGGAAUGAUGUAUAAGGUUUUGAUUGUAAAUAUGACGAUGAUGAAUGGAGUAAAAGUUGACAAUGUUUGCUCUAAUUGACGAAAAUAAA